UCCAGCAACACUGUAGCCACAAGGGACCUCAAACAGUGGAUACCAGCCACCGUCAACCAUAUAUAUUGGUGCGCUGCUGUGAGUGGUGGUGACGGUGACUUGCUGGCUGCCAUGUGGAAGAGCUCCGUAAAUCACGUGGCUAACAUCCAUGAGGGUCAUGACCCCAGCUACCCACGUUGUCUGCACAAGCCCAACCAGGAGUCAGCCUGGCUUCAGCCUGGAUCUGUAGCACAUGCAAAGUUCAAGGCCAUUGUUACUGCUCCCCUCCUGCUGAAAGAUAUACCCCAACUGUCCCCUGCCACGCAGACAUAUGGCCUAGAAAGUUUCCAUAGCGUGCUCAACAACUUCGCACCAAAGUCAACGGCAUUUUCCCCUGAAGGAAUGUUGGAGCGAACAUCCCUCGCCAUUCUCCACUUCAAUGAAAAUUCCUGCCGCAAACAAGCACAGACUUUGACUGCUGAAGAGCGUUGGAAACUGAAGGUGCCAAAAGGCAGGGGAGGGCACAUCAUUGCAUGCCCAGUGAAGGAGGAUGCAACAUUCAGUUAUGUUGACAUCCUCCUCGACGAGACACUUCUAAGAUGCUCCUCCCUACCUUCAUUUAAAGCAGCACUUGAGGAAGCAACCCCACUUGCCACCCCACCAAUGACCUCUGACACCUACCCACGACAACGCCGGGAGGACAUCAUUGAGGCCCGCAAGAGCAGAUUCGUGCAGCAUCCCCAGUGAUGGCUUGGCCAACAGAUAUGAGCUGGCACUGGCAGCACCUCAUGACAUGACUACGUCUGC